AUGUCCGAGCAUCCAGUAUUGAAAACCCCACCGCCUCCAGCGUCAAUCGACGUACAUGCACAGAAAAAGUACAGUGAGGGAAUAAGACUUUUCACAGAGAAUAUGUGGCAGAACGAGAGGAAAGCGAUGGAAAAAAGAGCUAGAACUGGUGAAGGUAUCAAUAGGAAAGCAUCAAUCAAGGACAAGAAUAAUGAUAACAUGACAGACAUAGAAGACUACAGCAGCGACGAUUCCACGGACUCAGAAAUCGAUCUCACGGAGGAUGAGAUGAAGCCUUCUGCUGGCCGCGAUGAGGACUCGAGGGUCAAAGCCACGCACCAAUUUAAGCACAUUCCUUAUCAAGUUGAAUCCCUUGAAGAAAUGGACUCGAGAUUGGACCAUAUCAUUCACAAGCUCAUCAAUGCUGCCAAAGCCAAUGACUGGGACAUCAGCUUCAGCAUUUGGGAUCAUAGACUCCAGGCCUGGCUAUCCCUCAAGUAUCCUAUGACCAGGGAACGAAGAGUGCAGCUUACGCGUCUCUAUUACCAGCUACUCGUCACCCCUGGGAUGGAUGGCCGUUUCAUUAACUUAUUCGCUAAUCGCUUAAUGUCCCUUAUAAGCUCCAAGAAGAGAAUUUCUAUCAAGGACAUUGUCUUGCCCUGGAAACCACUUUAUGAUAUUCUAUCCACAGAGCUUUUCCCUAAGCAGCGUGAAACUAGCCGCAAAAACAUCACAAAUAACCUUCUCACCCUCACUGAAUACGCUCAACGCUUCUUCCACCCUUCCGAGUACCAAAACAUGCUCGAUACGAUAUUGCCACAGAUGGAUGGUUCCUCGGUUGAUUCCAUCAUCUCCACACAGGCCUUCUUGGUCCAGUUUUUGCCCUUGUCUCACCCACAGUAUUGGCUGCCUAUCACUUUCAGAAUCUGGGAGACUUUUAAUUCCUCUCAUAUUGAUGAUCAGCAUCUCGACCUCGUCGCUCGCUUGACCGAGAAGCACCUCGACCCUUCCAUCAGUGACCCACGUUUUAUCGAUUCUCUUGCUCCAGCCCCUUCAGAUAUACCAAGUGUCGGCCGUCCACCCAAAGACAAAUCUGCCGACAGCAGCUGGAAGGGCAUUAGGAAAGACAUUGGUAUUCUCACUGAAGCUCAAUUUGAUACUGUCAUGCAAAAGGCUUUGUCGUCUUUCAACAUUGCUGUUGGAAAGCUGAGAGGAGGUGACACACUAGGUCCAGAUGGAAAGAUCAGCCAGAAUGUACUUAAUUUGAAGAAGCCAACAAAUAGAACCUUUUCACUGGCUAUUAUUCUGGUCUACUCCAUGUCGCAGGAUGCUGGCGUGGCUGCUUCAUCGGCCGCUGGCACACCAAUUUCCGAAACUCCCGUCAACAAGUCUAAGAAUCAGCUCAGUGCUCCAACAGUCGGUGGAUCAAGUGCAUUCAACAAACACCUCGGUGGCUCAAAGGCACUCGAUGCUCUAAACAAGCUCAUCCUCAACACUGAGACAUACUUCCAUCCUUCGAAUUGGGGAGCCCACACUUUCGCACUAACAUAUUUCAUUUCCGAUACCUCCUCGCUCUUUCUGGAAAGGUGGAAUGAUGAGCAGAAGCCUGACUGCAAAACUCCCCUUCAAUGGCGCUUGACGAAGCAAAUGAAGAAGGAGUUUGUGCACUCAUUACGUACAGUUGCCUUACUCUCUAUGUUUUCUAAGGACCCGAUCUCAAUCACUAACACACAGAGCUGCCUGCGCAACUUAGCACUGCUUGAACCUGAUCUCAUCUACCCUGCUCUCAUGGAACGCGCUUAUCCGUCACUAGAAGCACUCACAGAAACACACCGUACAUCAGCUGUAAUAACUGCACUCUCAACUGUCGCACCACACCUCGUCUCACGCUCCAAAUAUUAUGCAGGUGCCAAAGAUCUUCUUCCACUGCUGGAGUUCUCGUUACCAGGCAUAGAUAUGAAUGAUCCCACCAAAACAAUCGCUACGUGCAUGUUUAUUAUCACGUCCCUUCAUUCUGUCAGGAUUGGUGAUGCUACAUCUGAAGGCUCGGAUGAGGUAGAUGCUCACCGUCGCAAGUCAGUCAAUCCUAUGGAUUUGGAUGGGUGUGCACCAAUCGAAGUAAGCAGCCCUGUCGAGACAUCGUUCCCUGAAGGACGUGAAGCAAACGAUCCACCAUUGACGCCUGAAGAAGCUGACAAUCUGAUACGCACUUCCACCUCUUCAUUUGGAGAUUGGGUUAUUGAAUUUUUUAGGAGAGUCUUUAUUUUAUGUGAAAACCUACCAGAAGAGGGCGGUAAACAUAAUAGAGUUGGUGGGCGUAUUGAAGAGAGUGUAAUACACACUCUCAUGUCGGCUUGUGAAGUUGUUUGUGGGGCUCUCUCACCACCUAUCUUCCAACUGGCACUCAAGCAGGUUUUUCAGUAUGUUUCAACAACCACACGUGCCAAUAGUGUGAGGGUUAUUGGACAACUAGUUUCAUGCUUUGCCAAGGCGGAUGCUGAGAAAACUUUGAAGCAGUUUUUGGGAUGGUCUAUCUCAACUGUCAAGAUUGAGUUGCAUCAUGGUGCUUCAGGCGAGAGGACUACAUCGACAUCUACGCCCUUCGCCGGUGACACAUCUCUUCACUGGGCACUGGCAGUCCUAACAGGCUGUUUGAGUCAUUGUGGCAAAGCUUUACUGGCUUACAAGAGUGAUAUUGUCGAUAUACUCAAAUUGACUGCCACCGCAUGUAAAUCUGAAAGAGGUUAUAUGUGGUCAUCGAGUGUUCUGCAAAGAGUUCUGCAGACGCUUGUCCAAUACUACACGACAUCAACGCGGUUCGUGAAUGACGAGGAGUGGAACUCUCCUUCGUUCGCUCGCAAUCAUUUCCAGCAUUGGGGAAGGUUAUAUGAAGGUGGUGAUGUGGAUGUAGAAUGGCACAUUCCAUCGCUCGAAGAGUUCGAUAUGGCUGUCGAGCUAUUCGAGCAAAUACUCGAACCUGAGAUGAAAGAUCUCGAUAAUCUUUCGAGUACGUCUACCAAGAGUAAGGAUUGGUCAAAUGACUUCUGCAGAAAGACUCUGCACCUAAGACAUUCACUCACUGCUAUUGCAUCACUUUUACAGACUGAGGCACCAGACAAAGGUCGUGAGGUGUCAGAUUGGGGAGAGUUCCCGCAGAAUUUCGUCGAAAAACAACCACCUUUCAAAUCUCAAGGCGUCUUAUCGGAGGAUGACCCACGCAUACAGUACUUUAAUCAAUUCCGCUUCAGAUUCGGCGAACUUUUGCACAAAGUGGCGCGUACAUUUACGAACCCCAACGAGCAGAAUGAGUCGUCUGAUUCUAUAGAUUGCGUUAAGGCGUUCUUACGUUCGUUGAGGGUGUUUAUGAGUGAGAACGGCAUGGACUCCACACACUACGAAAACACACGUAGACGUUACACGUUCCACAAAUCUGUCAAUAAAAUCAUCCCGAGACAAAAAGAAUGGCCACGCAUGACGUUUGUUAGAAGAGCGUCAUAUCUUCAUGCCACAAGACUUCAUCUCAACACGUUUAAUCGCCAGCGCUCCCAAUUGGACGACAUGCUCCUAGACGAUGUGCUAGAAUUGUCACUGUCGUCCUACACAGCAGUGCGUAAGACAGCACAGAACACCCUUCACCAACUGGCAGUAUUCUAUGAUGGCACUAAAGCCUUAUCAAUGGACAAGAUCUUGGAUGCGCUCAAGCCAGGUGUAGACGUUGAUCGCAAAAAGGGAGCCCUGUUCGUUCUGAUGAACAAGUCGUGGGUCAGCUACUAUCUUCUCCAUUUCGACCAGUUCAAGAGAACUAUAUUGGCUUUGCUGAGCGCACAGACUGAGGAAAAGCCUUCGAUCCAGAACCUCAUUCAGAAUCUAUCGAGAGAGGUUGUUGUAAGAAUGCCAGAGAUCAAUGCCCUCACAUCACGCUUAAAGUGCAAGCAAACUGAGAACGUCAUUGAGAAACUGGAGAAGGAGCUGGGUGGAGAGUCUGUUGAUUCACAAGAGCUUAUUGCAGAGGUUGCCAACGCUGCGGCUGGACGCGUAGAACAUCGCGAAGAGCUCUACGAGGAGCUGAUGCCUCAAGUAUUGGAAUUCGCCGAGAGUAGCAAUACUCAUUGGAGAUACCAGCUCAUUGCGCAACGUGUACUGAAGAAUCUUAUACGCAGAGAUAAACCAAUGUCUGAGCGUCUCACUCGCUACUUCCUUGCAAAUACCAUAUCAGAUCAUCCCAAAAUCCGUGAGCACGCUUAUGGGAGUAUUACUAAAAUUUUGCACUUUGUCAAGCUGCGUACAUUUGGUCAAGGUACUAAUCUCAACGAAAAGCUCUUAUUGAAAAACACGAAAAAUCCGCUAAAAAAGACAGUCAAGAUUGAAGAUGAUGCUUCAUUCACUACUGAUAAGUACCUCAAUCAAUUUAAGCAGCCUAUCUCAGACUGGAGCAGCGACGUGCUUCUUCAGGAUAAAGCGCAAUCAGGAUGGUUGUGUUGGGGACCUUCUCUCGAAGUAUAUGAACUGCCCCCCGUAAAUCGUUUCCCAUUUGAGUGGGAAAACGAAAGCUCAGCGUCAGUACAGGCCAUCACUGAAACAGUUAUGUCGAUCGAUUGGUGGAAUAAGUUUAUUUCUCAACUUUCUAUCGAAUCUUCGUCGACUACACCUUCAUACGACCACGUCAAUUUCAUCAAGAGUAUUUUCGCAAUGUCUGAAAAACCGCUUACGUUGCUGAAGACUGUGAUUGAGCCUUUAUUGGAAGAUGUUGGGGAUAGGCAUAAGCAGAGGGCUGCUUCUGAGUUGUUGUCCGGCUUGUUGAGGGGUGUGAAGCAUUGGCCGAAAUAUGCAUCUGAUGAUCUCUGGAGCUGGCUCACCCCGAAACUGGACUUCUUGAGCAAUGUUAGACCAGAUAGCGCUGCUACGUGGGAAGUAUUUGUCAUAAACGCACUCUAUCACCGUGAUCCAAGAAGGUUGUUACCUCUUGUCAGCUGGAUUGUUAAUCGGGGUGACUUGAACAGAAACGCAUCAUCGUCAGCUUGGUCUCAGGCGUACUCCAUUAAUCUGCUCAGACUCGUCGUCAAGACAGUCAGCUGGAGAUUUUCAGCAUGGUCAGCUGAAAUUGGUGACAUGUAUUGGUCAUUCGAUGCGCUCAAUCAUGAUUAUGCGGAAGUUAGGGCUAACAUCGCCAAGACUCUACAGAAAUUGAAUAGAUCACAGCUCCAUCCUAGCUUUGCGAAUGUCGACGACCUCCAAAGAGUUUCAGAGACCGUACCAAGCGACAAGAUUAUUAUUAAGCACAACGUUGAGCAAAAGACGUUGGGGCAUGUUCGCAACAUUAAAAAGUACCUGGCGUUUGAGUAUAAUAACAGACUUCCGCCACCCAAGUCUUCACUAUCGACGUACGAUAAGAUUGGUUUGACAAUUUUGAGAUUCAUCUGGGAUGCACUUCACGAUUCUACUAGAUGCUCGUUCUACCCUAUCUCAAUCGAGCUGUUGCCUGACUUUUUCAAUAUGCGGGAGCUGUCUGAUUCACCUGAUCUGCAAGCUACUGCACAGUCAGUGCUCAGUCUCUUUGCUGUCAUUCCACCACCAAGAGAGUACUCUGAACCUGUUGUGCGCACGCUGUUGGACGUCGUUGGAUCAUCUACUAGAUAUCGCGUUCGUUUGCAUGCUCUCCCUAUAACAGCUGUCUUCUACUUUUUCCAACUUCCUCACAUAUCGCAAUCGACUACUUUGGGAGUUAUGGAAGAGCUGUACAAGUUGCUCAGAGAUCAAAACAUAGAAGUGAGAGAAAGAGCAGCUGAGACACUGUCAGGAAUAGUUAGAUGUUCUCAGAGAUCAUACACACUUGACCUCAAGAAGAGGUUUACUGACACUGUUUCAGCACACUCACUUCUCCCAAGACGCAGAAUGGAGAGUGGAGAAGUUAACAGUAGUUAUGCACCAGCAGUACUCAAGCUACACUCAGGGAUACUUGGAAUUUGCGCACUCAUAAACGCAUUUCCAUACGACGUUCCUUCUUGGAUGCCUGAAUUGCUUACUGGGGUAUUAGCUGAGCAUGUGUCAAGCUCAGAUACUGUCAUCAGCUCAACAAUAAGAAAAACAGCUCAGGACUGGAGACGCACGCACCAAGACAGCUGGUCUGAGAAUAUCCACAAGUUUAGUGAAGAGCAGCUAUCUGAACUCAGCUCACUGUUCUUGGGUGAGUGUUACUUCGCUUAA